AUGGCGGAAUCUCCGGUGGAAGUGAAUCUGAUUCCGAUCGAAGCUACUUCUGAGAGCUUUAGAGAUUAUGGUCAAAUCAUCGAAGCCUCUCUUGAUGGUGACCACUUCGGUCCCAACGACGCUCAAUUGGAUCUCUCCAGAGGAACCCCACGUUUCUACAUCAUGAGGCUUCAAGAUCGAUCCUUUGGCUUCUCCACGAUCACACAUCACGCAAACGUGACACAGUGUCUAGGAUCAAUAGGAGGUCAUGUUUGGUAUCUUGGAGUGGCUAAGGCAUCUCUUAUUGAAGAUGGAGGAAGAAGAGCUGAUAAUGUAGAAUCAGGAGCGUCUGGUCACUUGUACGCUCCUCCCGCGGUUGAAGAGGUUCGCGUUUUCAAGGUCUCGGGACCAAAGUUUGUUAAACUGAACCGCGGUACAUGGCAUGCUGGACCGUUGUUCAAAGACAAGUCCAUGGAUUUCUACAACCUAGAGCUCAGCAACACAAAUGAGGUGGAUCACACGACACAUGAUUUCAUGAAGAAGAAUGGAGUCAUCUUCCGAUUUGGCUCCAAAGAAGACAACACAUCAAACAAAACCUUUCAGCCAUGUCUUGAUAACAAAGAUAAUUAG